CUAUCGCAGACAGACUGGCGCUUUGCAAAGCAACUCUUGCACAACUCGAGUACAUCCGCAGCAAGGUAUGCUGCAAAUUCUUGAAAAGUCCAGCACGCUGACCUAGCUUCAAUAGCCCUCGGUCUUCAACUUCUCGAACUCGCCCACGAUGACGACACAAGAAGAUCUCGCAGCACUCUUUCAACGCAACCUCUCUCUCCAAAAUCCCCCAUACGUUGCUCCCAAAGUGGAGGCUCCAGUUGAGCAGCCUGUCACAUAUUACAGCUCCCAACACUACCACCACUCCGCGCACAUCGCGGCCCCUCAACCAGCCAGACCUGCUUCCGAACCACCGCAAACUGACCAACUUACGGUUGAGAUUAUAUUGGGACGACAUGGGGUCGAUGUAAACAGUCUCUUUCCCUCCCAAAUCGAGCUAUUCAAGAUGGCAGAAGCUAGUCAGCAGAUGAGACUCAUCGAAUUAUGGCGCAUCUGUCCCCCAGACUAUAAGGGACAUGCUCUUGCACAAGACCUGGGCAACUGGCCUUGCACUUCCUUCCAACAAGAAGAAGUUAUGGCGAAGUUGCGAUACGAGCGACAGAUGCUGGAGGAACGUAUGGCUCGAACGGGCGGGGACCAGCAUAGCAUGGGCAGUGCGGAGGAUGCGAUGAGUGAUGCCAGCACCACAGCCCCUCUCACGCCUAUUCAAGGUGGUGACGGACGUUGGCAAACUCAAGUGCAUGGAGCUGAGCCAUACAUGCAAUCAGGAUACGAGGCACUCGCCGCUCGUGAGUAUGAACAGUCUACUUGGCCUUCAAAGGAUGUUUACUCUCACUUCGGCUCCGCAGUAGGAGGACCAAAGUACAAUCCCUCCACCGACCCCGUCUACAACACCAUCGAAGAUAUUCAGAAGUACCCAAAUGUGGGUAGUGAUUGGGAGACGCAACAACAACGACAAAUCGCCAUGUUGGAGAACCAAUACGGUGCAUUCGAUCAAGAAUUUCACCACAACACAGGAGGAGUCACGAUAGCUGGACAUAAUGGAGAAGAUGAGGAGAUGUUGUAGAUAAGAUACCACACAUAAGUAGAUAGGCAGGCAUACCCUUCGUUAGAGUUUAGUUUCUUUUUCCUACAGCAUUGAAGGAUG